ACGACACAGAGAGGUGGGACUGAAAGGCACGUGAGCAGUGCUACGUCAUCGUAAACAGCGGCGGGCGACAUGGCGUCUCGUGUGGCCAACAAGGUCAUAUUUGAGCAGGAGGGAAUUUUUAUACAUUCGAGUACGGAAAGCGCUGAGGACCAAGAUUCCCUUACAGCCGGACUGCUGCGCAUCUUAGACAAGGAUGGUGACAUAUUGGUGGAAUAUAAACCCAUGGAGGACACAGUAGAUCCAUCCAACAUGCUGUGUGCUGGCAAGGAUUCCAGCUCAGUCAUGGAGUGGACCCAGUGUACAGGAGACCGAGGCCACCGACUAGUGGAGCAUCAGCUGAGCUACGAGACUGAAUGGGACAUGCUCAACACAGUCUCCUUCAAGAGGAAGCAGUCUACCAGUGGUGAAGGUCUCUCAAGCACUGGACAUGAGCGGAGUAAGGGAGCCUUUUCCUUCAAUGUGGGGGAGCUCAAGUCUAUCAUGGUGAAGACAGAAGGCUGGUCUCGCCUGGUUUUUCGCCUUAGGGAGGACUCUGGCAUGCCUGCUCUGCAUUUCCACCAGGGGGGGAGUGAAGCCUUCCUGGAUGCCCUUCGAAGAUUCGUGCACCUCGUCCAGUCUCCCAACGAUGAGUCUUGCCUAAUAGUCAGCAGCCAGAACAAAGCCCUCUCACAGUCCUUUGAGAAUCUGUUGGAUGAUGCCACAUUUGGGCUUGUGCAAAAAUUUAAGAAUGACCCAUACACAACAACUUUGGGUGGCUUUUCUAAAGUCACCAACUACAUCUUUGAUGCCUUCCGUGGGCCUGAGCUGCUGCAUCAGCAGCGGCCAGCAGAGGAGGUGGCUGACCUUUUGAGCGAGGUUAUCCCUGGCCUCGAGGUCAACCAGCAGGAGGAGCCUGGGUUUGAGGUCAUUACCAGGAUCGAUCUGGGUCCUAGGCCCGAAGUCCGGCGGAGGGAGCCUGUGUCAGCCGAAGAUUGGACAGAACACAUGGAUAUAGAGGGCAAGGUGCAGAAUGUCUCUCAUCUGAAGGAGCUAAUCUUCAAAGGGGGCCUUUGCCAUGCAGUUAGGAAAGAAGCCUGGAAGUUUCUGCUAGGCUACUUUCCAUGGGACAGCACCCGUGAUGAGAGGAAGAGCCUGCAGAAGCGGAAAACGGAUGAAUACUUCCGGAUGAAGCUACAGUGGAAGUCAGUGAGUGAGGAGCAAGAGAGGAGGAACUCCCGAUUACGAGAUUAUAGGAGUCUUAUUGAAAAAGAUGUCAAUCGAACUGACCGAACCAACAAAUUCUAUGAAGGUCCAGAUAACCCGGGUCUGAUCCUCUUACAUGACAUCUUGAUGACUUACUGCAUGUAUGAUUUUGAUCUAGGAUACGUGCAGGGAAUGAGCGAUCUGCUUUCCCCCAUUCUCUACGUCAUGGAAAACGAGGUAGACACCUUCUGGUGCUUUGUGUCCUUCAUGGACCAAAUGCAUCAGAACUUUGAGGAGCAGAUGCAAGGCAUGAAAACUCAGUUGAUCCAGCUGGGCACAUUGCUGCAACUACUGGACCUCUCCUUCUGGAACUACCUGGAGUCGCAGGAUUCAGGGUACCUGUACUUCUGCUUCCGGUGGCUGCUGAUCCGCUUCAAGCGGGAGCUAAGCUUCCAGGAUGUUCUUCGCCUAUGGGAGGUCAUGUGGACUGGGCUGCCAUGCCAGAACUUUCAUCUGCUGGUCUGCUGUGCCAUUUUGGACUCAGAGAAGCAGAAAAUUGUGGAAGAGAAUUAUGGAUUCAAUGAAAUCCUGAAGCACAUUAAUGAGCUUUCAAUGAAGCUUGACAUUGAGGAAAUCCUUCUCAAGGCAGAGGCUAUCUGCUGGCAGAUAGAGUCCUGCAAGGAUUUACCCAGUGCAGUGGCAGAGAUUCUGGGAUUUAACACUAAGAGUGGCCAUUCCAAGGUAGAAGGAAGUGAGUUUGAAGCCCUCGAUUCGCCUCAGGUGCCCAGGCGCUUGCACAGGCGAGACUUAGCAGAAGAAUUCAUCCCCAAUGGCAAUGGACAUUUAAGAGAAACGCACAAUGUUUACAAAUUAGCCUACAUCUCAUAGUACAUGCACAUACACUGCCUGAACAACUUUGAUAUGUUAAUCCCCACUCACAGACAGUAUUGGGUUUAGUUUCAAUAUUUGAUAAUGGCUGCAGUAUCAGAAUUUUAAGUGGGAUAAGUCCAAAAGUGGGGAUAUCCAGAAAUCUUCAAUAUUUUUAUAAUUCCUUGUAUCAUUGUUGUUUUGCUCUUUGUAAUCAUUCCUUCUCAGUGGCUGAAGGCAUUUCUUAGAGGGAUUUUUUUGGCCUGUGAUAAAUUGAUCUUUAUUUGGUUCAGAAUUUAUUCAGAUUUCAGGUGGUUCUUAACAUAGUUGCUUAAUGUACAUAUAAAACAUGACGCUAUGGUAGGUUGAACUUUGGCACUUAAAUGGUGGCGUCCUGGAGUGAGGAAGGACUUUUAAUAAUAUAGGGCAUAAUUAAUGACUAUACUGAUGGUUACAACAAUGUUUUGUGUCCUUUAAAGAGCUUAAUAUUAAGGUUUCUGUGAAGCAACUUCAUGAGGAAUAGUGAAUUAUUCAACAUGCCUUAUACUUUGCCUACCUUGACCUUUUUUGAUUUUAGUUCAAUGUGUAGGCAUUAAGGUAACUGCUGACAAUUUGUGUGAAUUUUAACAGCCCUGUGCUGAGAUGCAGGACACAGCAAAUAGUACAUUUUGGUCAUUGAUUCUACUUCUGGAAAACUAGAGUAAAUUAUAGCUGAACAAGAAUGUUGGUUGGUUGGUUGGUUUGAUCAAUUCACGCACAGUGGAUGGAACUGGGCUGUGUGACCUUCCAGCCCUUGUGAGGCUGGCUGUGGUGAUUCUAUGAAGCAAGAACAACAAGCUUCCUGGUUCUACCUGGAAUGGGUACAUACCAUUCAGUGGAGUGCCUCUCCAUGAAAGAGGUGGAACAGGUAUAGGCAUCAAACCAAGCGAGACAAGUGGCCUUCUGACAUUUGUUUCAGACUUAUGUCGGCAAGUAAUGUCACAUUCUGUUCUGAUACUUUUCACACUUUCCAACUUAAAUUGGUUUGUACUCUUCAGCAGCGUAUGUAUCUGAAAAGUGUGUGACACUCCAGAGCUGUACAGUGCUCUGUGCAUUGGUGGGACACAUGCACCCAGAAGAUUGUACAGCAGUGCUCAUCUGACCUGUUGUAGAAAUCCAGAACAGCCUCAAGGGCUGUAUAAAAUACAGGGUGACUUACCAAUCCGUCCAUGUUCUACAUAUUUGUAUAUUCUCAAUAAAUGCAAUGUGUUUAUUACCUUUUGAUAAAUAAUUAUGCUUGAAACUCGGUGUGUUUUUACUUGGCUCUCAUGCUUUGGCCAGCACUUCACACAGUAUCAUACAAGAUGUGACUUCAUAGGUUCUCGCUGUCUAGCCCCCUCCCCUCCCCCAAAAGAAAACCAGAAAACUGAGGAAGAUUCUAAAAUAUUUCAA